AUGAGUACCAUCAUUAAACCCCCAAGGGCAAGAACAGCCGAAUUUCAUACUCUCGAGAGAGAAUCUCGUUUCAUAAAUCCUCCAAAGGAUAAAUCUGCAUACCCUCUGCUGCAAGAAGCAGUACAACCACACAUUGGUUCCUUCAAUGCGUUAACAGAGGGCCCUGAUGGCGGGCUUUUAAACCAGGCAGUCAAGGAUAUCGGUGAAAAAGUGAUUUUCGAUGGUAAAUCUAAUAGCGAUGACUUUCUAGGUAACAAAUUGUCCCUCAGCGUAGAACAAGUAUCGAUCACUAAACCCAUGUCUAAUGAUGGUGUGACAUCUGCAGUUGAGAGAAAGAAUUAUCCUGCAGAGGCCAGACAGAGACUUUCCUCUUAUAGAGGUAAACUUAUGUUGAAAUUGAAAUGGUCCGUCAACGAUGGUAACGAUGAAGUUUUUACAGAAGUUAGAGACUGUGGUGGGUUGCCCAUCAUGUUGCAAAGUAAUAGAUGUCAUUUGAACAAGCUUUCUCCAGCAGAAUUAGUUCAAUGCAAGGAAGAAUCCGAUGAAGUUGGUGGUUAUUUUAUUGUCAACGGUAUCGAGAAACUGAUCAGAAUGUUAAUUGUACAGAGAAGGAACCAUCCAAUGGCUAUUGUUAGACCUUCGUUUGCUAACAGAGGUGCCUCUUAUUCUCAGUACGGUAUUCAAAUUAGAUGUGUUAGACCAGAUCAAACUUCUCAAACUAACGUUCUUCAUUACUUGAACGAUGGUCAAGUGACCUUCAGAUUUUCUUGGAGAAAGAAUGAAUAUCUGGUUCCAGUUAUCAUGAUUCUUAAGGCCCUAUGUGAUACCAGUGAUAGAGAGAUUUUUGAUGGUAUCAUUGGUUCAGACACAAAGAACUCUUUCUUAACUGAUCGUUUAGAAUUGCUUCUAACGGGUUUCAGAAAGAGAUACCCUCAAUUGAAGAAUCGCAGACAAAUUUUGCAAUAUUUGGGUGACAAAUUCAGAGUUGUCUUCCAGGCUUCUCCAGAUAAAUCUGAUUAUGAAGUGGGUCAGGAAGUGUUGGAUCGUAUCGUUUUGGUUCAUCUGAACGGUGAAUCCAAUAAAGACAAGUUCUUCAUGAUGCUUUUCAUGAUUAGAAAACUGUACUCUUUGGUGGCAGGUGAGUGUUGUCCAGAUAAUCCAGAUGCUACACAACAUCAAGAAGUCCUGCUAGGUGGGUUCCUAUACGGUAUGAUUAUAAAGGAGAAAAUUGAAGAAUACUUGCAAAAUAUCGUUGCACAAAUCAGAACAGAUAUCAACCGUGGUCUGUCGACUAAUUUCAAAGAUCGCAAAUACGUUAGCAGAGUAUUGAUGAGAGUCAAUGAGAAUAUUGGCUCGAAAUUACAGUAUUUCCUCUCUACAGGUAAUUUGGUCUCGCAAUCUGGGUUGGAUUUGCAGCAAGUUUCAGGUUACACAGUUGUUGCUGAAAAGAUUAAUUUCUACCGUUUCAUAUCGCAUUUCAGAAUGGUGCAUAGAGGUUCUUUCUUCGCCCAAUUGAAGACUACUACCGUUAGAAAAUUGUUACCAGAAUCCUGGGGGUUCCUUUGUCCCGUCCACACACCUGAUGGUUCUCCAUGUGGUUUGCUAAACCAUUUUGCGCACAAGUGUCGUAUCUCUACGAAACAAUCUGAUGUGUCAAAGAUUCCUUCUAUCCUAUUCUCACUAGGUGUUUCACCAGCUUCUCAAACUUUUGCGGCAGGUGCAUCUCUAUGCUGCGUCCAACUAGAUGGUAGAAUUAUUGGUUGGGUGUCUCAUGAACAAGGUAAGAUCAUCGCUGAUACCCUGAGAUUUUGGAAAGUCGAAGGUAAGACCGCAGGUUUGCCAUUGGACUUGGAAAUCGGUUAUGUUCCUCCAUCAACUCGUGGUCAAUACCCUGGUCUGUAUAUCUUUGGUGGUCGCUCUAGAAUGAUGCGUCCCGUCAGAUACUUGCCACUUGACAAGGAAGAUAUUGUCGGUCCGUUCGAACAGGUUUACAUGAACAUCGCCGUUACUCCGCAAGAAUUACAAAACAAUGUGCACACUCAUGUCGAGUUUACGCCAACUAACAUUCUAUCCAUUCUGGCAAACUUGACUCCAUUUUCUGAUUUCAACCAAUCUCCAAGAAAUAUGUACCAGUGUCAAAUGGGUAAGCAAACUAUGGGUACUCCAGGUGUCGCAUUAUGCCACCGUUCGGACAAUAAGCUUUAUAGGUUGCAAACAGGUCAAACACCUAUCGUGAAGGCCAACCUAUAUGAUGACUACGGUAUGGAUAACUUCCCUAACGGUAUGAACGCAGUGGUGGCGGUCAUCUCCUACACUGGGUAUGAUAUGGAUGACGCGAUGAUCAUUAACAAGUCAGCAGACGAGAGAGGUUUCGGAUACGGUACGAUGUACAAGGUCGAAAAAAUUGAUCUAUCGCUGAAUAGAAGCCGUGGUGAUCCAAUCUCUCAGCAUUUCGGUUUUGGUACCGAUGAAUGGCCUAAGGAAUGGAUGGAGAAGCUAGAUGAAGACGGAUUACCAUACAUUGGAACUUAUGUCGAAGAGGGUGAUCCAAUUUGCGCAUACUUUGACGAUACUUUAAACAAGACCAAGAUUAAGACAUAUCACUCGUCGGAACCAGCAUACAUUGAAGAAGUCAACCUUAUUGGCGAUGAAUCCAACAAGCUCCCUGAGCUGCAAACUGUCUCCAUCAAGUACCGUAUUAGAAGAGUUCCACAAAUUGGUGACAAAUUCUCUUCUAGACACGGUCAAAAAGGUGUCUGUUCUCGUAAAUGGCCUACGAUUGACAUGCCAUUCAGCGAAACUGGUAUUCAACCCGAUGUCAUUAUUAACCCUCACGCGUUCCCAUCUCGUAUGACCAUUGGUAUGUUUGUCGAGUCGCUAGCGGGUAAAGCUGGUGCUUUGCACGGGAUUGCCCAGGAUGCCACCCCAUGGACUUUCAACGAAAGUGACACUCCAGCUGAUUAUUUCGGUGAUCAGCUCCGCGCAGCAGGUUACAAUUACCAUGGUAAUGAGCCAAUGUACUCUGGUGUCACUGGUGAAGAACUAAGGGCUGAUAUUUACAUCGGUGUCGUCUACUAUCAAAGAUUGCGUCACAUGGUGAACGAUAAGUUCCAAGUCCGUUCCACUGGUCCUGUGAAUAGCUUGACAAUGCAACCAGUCAAGGGUAGAAAGAGACAUGGUGGUAUUCGUGUUGGUGAAAUGGAAAGAGACGCGUUGAUCGGUCACGGUACCGCCUUUUUGCUGCAGGACCGUCUGCUAAACUGUUCCGAUUACACGCAGACUUCUGUCUGUCGUGAAUGUGGUGCCAUUCUAACCACCCAACAAAGUGUUCCACGUAUAGGCUCUAUGUCGUCGGUUCGUUGUCGUCGCUGUGCGAUCAAAUUCGAAGAUGUAAAGAAGAUGUUGAAUAAAUACCAAGGAGAUGAAAGUGUAUUUAUCGACGACUCGCACAUAUGGGAAGAUGGUCAAGGUAAUAAAUAUGUCGGUGGUGGUGAAACCACGACAGUGGCAAUUCCAUUUGUCUUGAAAUACUUGGACUCUGAACUGGCAGCUAUGGGUAUCAGACUACGUUACAACGUGGAGCCACGCUGA